CCUGCCUUGCAGUACGUGCCUGGAUAGUUUGUGGAUAUAAUUACUGACUGGAAUCUGGGCUGUUGCAGUUGAGCGUGGGGGGGAGAGAGGAGAAAAGAAAGCAUCCCCCCCCCCUCUCCGCCGACCCUUCUUGCUCCCCCCCACACAUUUUUUUAUCUCCCCCUUUGCUGGUGGUUCGGACAUUUAAUGUAUUGAAUGAACUGGAAUUGCUUUCCGUGUGAGGAGGAUGGUUGCUGUUACUUUGUGAUGAGAUCGGGAAUGAAUUGCUCGGUUUAAAAAUGCUGCUUUGGAUUCUGUUGCUGGAGACGUCUCUUUGUUUUGCUGCUGGAAACGUUACAGGGGACGUUUGCAAAGAGAAGAUCUGUGCCUGCAACGAGAUAGAAGGGGAUUUGCACGUAGACUGUGAGAAAAAAGGAUUUACCAGCCUGCAACAUUUCACCGCCCCAACUUCCCAGUUUUACCAUUUAUUCCUGCAUGGCAAUUCCCUGACUCGACUUUUCCCUAAUGAGUUUGCUAACUUUUACAAUGCGGUCAGUUUGCACAUGGAAAACAACGGUUUGCAUGAGAUUGUUCCUGGGGCUUUCCUUGGGCUGCAGCUGGUGAAACGCUUGCACAUAAACAACAACAAGAUCAAAUCGUUCAGGAAGCAGACUUUCCUGGGGCUGGACGAUCUGGAAUACCUCCAGGCAGAUUUUAAUCUGUUGCGGGAUAUUGACCCGGGAGCAUUUAGGGACUUAAACAAGCUAGAGGUGCUGAUUUUAAAUGACAAUCUCAUCAGCACCUUGCCCCCCAACGUGUUUCAGUAUGUGCCGAUCACCCACCUCGACCUCCGGGGAAACCGUCUUAAAACCUUGCCUUACGAGGAGGUCCUGGAGCAGAUCCCAGGCAUUGCUGAAAUCCUGCUAGAGGAUAACCCCUGGGACUGCACUUGCGAUCUGCUGUCAUUGAAAGAAUGGCUGGAAAACAUACCUAAAAACGCUUUGAUCGGCAGAGUGAUUUGUGAAGCUCCCACUAGGUUGCAGGGCAAAGAUUUAAAUGAGACCACAGAGCAGGAGCUGUGUAAAAAGAACAGAGUAGACUCCAGCCUAGCUGCUCCCCCUGCCGAAGAAGAAACCUGUGAUCCUGGUCCCAUUCCAACCCCCUUUAAAAUACAUGGCAAAGAAGACCCUGCCACGCCAGGAUCUGCUCCAAACGGAGGUACAAAGAUUCCUGUCAACUGGCAAAUCAAGACCAAACCCACUGCUGCCGUGUCGACAGUGAGUGCGAAGAGCAAACUACCCGCUACCUUUUCCUGCCCGCACAUCUGCAGCUGUGACCAGAUCCCUGGCUCGGGUUUAAAGGUUAAUUGCAAUGAUAGGAAUGUGAGCAGCUUGGUGGAUUUGAAGCCCAAGCCCUCCAAUGUGCAGGAGCUGUUUCUGAGAGACAACAAAAUACACACUAUCAGGAAAUCCCACUUUCUGGAUUACCGAAAACUUAAUUUACUCGAUCUGGGCAACAACAACAUUGCCACCGUUGAGAACAACACCUUCAAGAACCUCUUUGAUCUCCGAUGGCUCUACAUGGAUAGCAAUUACCUAGACACCCUGUCCCGGGAGAAAUUUGCUGGGCUGCAAAACCUGGAGUAUCUGAACGUGGAGUUUAAUGGGAUCCAGAUGAUCAUGCCUGGCACCUUCAAUGCGAUGCCCAAACUGAGAGUCCUCAUCCUCAACAACAAUCUGCUGAGGUCUCUCCCAGUAGACGUGUUCGCCGGGAUCUCACUUUCCAAGCUGAGCAUACACAACAAUUAUUUCAUGUACCUCCCAGUGGCGGGGGUGCUGGACCAGCUCACCUCCAUCACCCAGAUCGACCUGCACGGCAACCCAUGGGACUGUACGUGCCCUAUCGUGCCUUUCAAACAGUGGGCAGAGAUGCUGCGCCCCAAGGUGAUUAUGAGUGACCUGAGGUGUGAGUCCCCUGAAGAUUUCUUCAAGGAGGAUUUCGAGUCUCUCUCCAACGAUGUGAUUUGCCCUCAGUUAAAAAUCUCUCCCACAUUAACUUCUACUAACAAAAACAGCACCGGGUUGACAGAGACAGGUACUCACUCCAACUCCUACUUGGAGACCAGCCGGGUCUCUAUUUCGGUGCUAGUGCCAGGGCUUCUGCUGGUUUUUGUGACCUCUGCCUUCACAGUGGUUGGCAUGCUGGUUUUCAUCCUGAGGAACAGAAAACGGUCCAAGAGGAGGGACGCCAACUCCUCUGCAUCUGAAAUCAACUCCUUGCAGACGGUCUGCGACUCGUCCUACUGGCACAACGGGCCCUACAGCGCCGACGGGGCCCACAGGGUGUACGACUGCGGCUCCCACUCCCUGUCGGACUGAGGCGGCGGGCGGGGCGGGGGCGGCCGCCACCCGGGACCGGCCAUCCAUGCGCCGGCCGGGGACAGCUCUGCACCUCCGCCGCUACCUUUUGUGAGAAGAGAAACACACAGACACACGCACGCCCUUCCUCACGACCCGCAUAGCAAGCGCCGAGGCCCAGUGGGCGGCGGGGGGAGCCCGGCGCCGGAGCGCAUCCCUGCAGCGCUGCGCAGCCCGCCGCGGUGCGCGCAUCCCCCGCCCGUGCGCGGCCGGAGCAGCGACGGACAGACGAGGAACAGAUUCCCUCGGCUCCGGCAGGGCGAAACACGGCUCCUGGUUUUGUUGGGCUUUUGUUCAAUUGUGUUGGGGUUUGAUUUGCUUUUUUGCCCUCUUCCCUUGUGGACCGACCCCUUUCCAAGAGGCCGGGAAAAUGAGGGGAGCAGAGGACUGGUGUUGGCCUCCUCCUGACGGCCAAGCAGGAGUGGAAAGUUGCACGAAGGCAUGAAUGUAAUGUAAAUAAAUGACUCCGACUCCGAAACAAACAGACAAAUGGACAAAAAAAAAAAAAAAAAAAAAAAAGUGCUGCAUGGCUCGCAUGGAUACAACGCACCCCAGGGACGCUCCAGCCCCCGACUGGAAGCAGCGUCUAGUUCACACCAUCAUCCCUCUUACCUGAUAAGUCCCUUCGUAUCAAACCUUCUAUAUACGAAAUACAGUAUAAUAAUAAAAAGUGCCAUUUCGCCAGAUUUUUUUUUGUGUGAUCAAUAGGCAGUAGAGAUCGUACUUUUACUGUGGAAAAAAAAUUGUAAAGAUUUUAUUUAAGACAUAGUUGCAUGAAUAUUCUCAUUGGAUUUUUUAAAUUUUAUUUUUAUUUUUACGUCUAGGUGGGAAUUACUUUGCUGGGAGAGAUUUGCUUUGUUAAUAAUGGGUUGUGUUUCAUUUUUUCAGGGGAGGUGGGGAGGGUAGGCUUUGGUUUUGUUUUCUCUCUCUUCUUUUUCAAUAUACAUAAUCAGUAUUGCCUUUCCAUCUGAAUGUAAAAAUUAGUACCCUUGAUUUCUAUUAUGGUAACAGUGUAAACAUAAAAAAACAAAAAAAAAUCCAAGGCAGUUAAGCAUGACCAAUUAAUGUCACUCUAGCGCUUAGGCUGCAAAGUUUAAUGGUAGAAAAUUCUGUGCUGUUGUAAAUCUUACUAUAACUUGAGGAAAACAGAACUGAGGAAGCAAGUGAAACUUACUAAUUCUAUUCGAGGAUUUUAUAAUGGCAUAUUUUUUCAGUAUUAAAGUGAAAAUGUUUUCAA